AUGGUUCGUCAGGUGGAUGACGCCAUAAGGGCGCGUCGCAUCGACGACGGGGAUAUGCAAGUUGCAUUUGCCCAAUCAAAUCUGGCAGGACGUGCCAAGACUUGGGCACUGGGGCUCAAGCUGCACGACCCAUAUGCGUUUGGGUCGUUGGAAGUCUUCAAGUCGCGGCUCAGACAAACGUUUGAACCGCCUAGAGCUGAGUUCAGGGCUCGAACCGAACUCUUGAAGCUCAAGCAGAGUUCCAAUCCGGUGGAUGAACACACGUUGGUUUCGGUGUUCAUGCAGGGUCUUGAGGAUGGUCCCGUCAAGACUCACCUGUUCCGGCUUGAACUAGAUUCACUAGAACAAGCCAUUUCCAUUGCGGAGCAGGAAGACUUCAGUCUGAGACAGGCUCGCGCCAGCUCGACAUCAUAUCGUCAACCGAGACGAUAUGACAACGGAAGAUCCAGAGCCGAUGGAACUCUGUUAUGUAGAGAGCGAGAAGACUCGCUCUACAGGCUACAAGAAGUUGCAGAGAUGCAACAGAUGUCAAAGACAGGACACUACGCUUACGAGUGUGGUGCCCCUCGUCCAGUGUCUCGCGACACUGGGCGUAGUGACCGUCCACCCAUGAGAAAGGGGCAGGGACGAGGGUCCGCAGUUGGUGCAAAGACGCAACAACGGGAUGGACCGUCAAAAAACGGACAGGAUCAGUAG